GAUAUUAAAUAUGAUACUAAAAUAUUGGUUCCAUUGAAGCACCAUCUCUAAGGGUUAAUUCUGAAAUCAAAAGGUCAAUAGAGAUGGAAAAUUAUUAUGAGGCACCUAAACAAAUUAAUGUUACUAAUCCUAUGAUUAGUAAUAGUACUAAUUUUGGUUAUGAUGAUGAUGUGGCUUUGAGUGAAAAGUUGAUUAAUGAAGGAAUUUAUUUAACAUGGAAAGAUUUAUGGGUAACUGUGCCUGAUAAAAAAAGUGGGAGGAGAACUAUUUUGCAAGGGCUUACUGGUUAUGUACAACCUGGUGAAGUUUUAGCAAUUAUGGCUCCUUCUGGUUGUGGCAAAUCAACUCUUCUUGAUACUCUAGCAGAUCCUGCUAAUGCAGAUGCAUCCCAGGCAAACCGCGAGGAGGUGGAUUCAAGAUCAAUAUUUGUUGGCAAUCUUGCUUACAUGGCUAAUUCCAAGCAUAGAUAUAUGUGUUACACUUUUUUAAAAGUGUAAUUGAGCAGGUCCAAGUGGAGGGAAAUGGAUACAGAAGAUACUCGUAGCAGAUAUCAAUUGUUUGGUUUUGAUGUAGUUGAACUGUAGUAAUAAUUGUUGUAUAUUUGGUAGUUCUGUUGUUUAGUGAAAGUAGGAAUCUGUAUGCAGAAGAAGCUUGUUUAUGACUUUAUGUAGUGUGAGUUUUGAUUUGCCA